AUGCUUCCCCUCCCUUCCCCCCCUAAUUCCCCUCCUUUCCCCCCCCUGCUUCCCCUCCUUUUCUCCACUGCCUCCCCUCCUUUCCCCCUGCUUCCCCUCCUUUCCCUCUCUGCUCCCCCUCCUUUCCUCCCUUGCUUCCCCUCCGUUCCCCCCUUGCUUCCCCUCCUUUCCGCCCCUGUUUCCCCUCCUUUCCCCCCUUCCUUCGCCUCCUUUCCCCCCAUGCUUCCCCUCCUCUCCCCCCCUCCUUCCCUUCCAUUGCCCCCUUGCUUCCCCUCCUUUUUCCCCUUGCUCCCCCUCUUUUCCCCCCUUUCUCCCAUGCUAACCCCCUGUUCCCUCCCUCGUCCUAUCUCCUCACUUGCACCCUUCCUCUCUUCCGCACUCCCCCCUUUCCUCUCUGUCCCACCUUUCCUCCCUUGCUUCCCCUCAUUUCCUCCCGUGCUUCCCCUCAUUUCAUCCCGUGCUUCCCCUCAUUUCCUCCCGUGCUUCCCCUCAUUUCCUCCCGUGCUUCCCCUCAUUUCAUCCCUUGCUUCCCCUCAUUUCCUCCCGUGCUUCCCCUUAUUUCCUCCCGUGCUUCCCCUCAUUUCCUCCCAGAGGGAAGGGGAUGGGGGGAAGCAGGGAAGGGGAUGGGGGGAAGCAGGGAAGGGGAUGGGGGGAAGCAAGGAAGGGGAUGGGGGGAAGCAGGGAAGGGGAUGGGGGGAAGCAGGGAAGGGGAUGGGGGGAAGCAGGGAAGGGGAUGGGGGGAAGCAAGGAAGGGGAUGGGGGGAAGCAGGGAAGGGGAUGGGGGGAAGCAGGGAAGGGGAUAGGGGGAAGCAGGGAAGGGGGCCGGGGGAACGGGGGCAAAUGACGGGGAGAGAGCUGGAGGGAGGAUGGUACUAUGCCAUCUCAUCCCAUGCUCCAUCCCUCCAUCGCACACAAUCCCUCCAUCUCACACCAUCACCCAAUUUCAAAUCACCCCCCCGUCUCACACAAUCCAUCCAACCCCCUCCCAUCCAACACCAUCUUUCAAACCCCCUCUGUCCAUCCCUCUCUCUCCCUCCUCCUCUCUCCCUCCCCCUCUCUCCCUCCCCCUCUCUCCCUCCUCCUCUCCCCCUCCCCCUCGUUCCCUCCCCCACUGUCUCCGUCCCUCUCUCCCUCCCCCUCUCCCUCCCCCUCUCUCCCUCCCCCUCUCCUCCUCCCCCUCUCACCCUCCUCCUCUGUCCCGUGUAUGUGGGGUGGAGGAGGGCGGGUAUGUCGGGGGGAGGAGGACGGGUAUGUGGGGGGGAGGAGGGCGGGUAG